AUGGCUACUGGACGGGAUACUAUGGGGCAAUCAGCCCUCACCGCGGCUGCAGGCGCGGUUUGGGACCAUCAUCGUCGUUGCUGGGCUUUAGAGGCGCCAGCUGAUACAGCCAAGGCACUGUUUAAGUUUAAGGUGGAUUCACCCAACCAUAGCAGGACGCACUGUAUCGCCUGCGAACGGAAGAUAUUGGAGAACGACUUGAGGAUAGGGUACCCGGCAGAGGACAGGUUCAGCGCGGAGGGAGUGCGCUCCUUAUUCCUACACGUACACUGUCUACCGGAAGAGCUCGUCUCGAAUGAUGAGGGUCUUGCUAAGCUCUGCCGUGAUCGAAAUUCCGCCGGAAUCCAAGCAUGGCUAGCUGGUCACGUUGUCGGCUUCGAAGCCUUGACUAAGAAGAAGAAGGCUAUGCUGGUUCAAGGCUUCUGUGAGACGCAGCCUCCGGCUGCUCCUGCCGCUCCUAUGAGGUCUUUGAGUCCGUCGGAGAGUGAGGAGCCCCUAACGAAAGGUCAGUGUGGUAGUUCUGUCAAGAGUACAGAGAGGCAAGUUAAUCCGUCGUAUGCUGAUGUUUGUGAGUCUACUCCUGCACUCAAGUCCAUCGACAAAGUUGCAAGGGAGCUGUUGCCGGAAUCACCGAUAGAAACACCCGGUCUGGCCGACUGUGUUACUCCUGUGGCCCCAACGAAUGACAAAUGCUCCAAGUAUCUCGGGGCUUGGAGAUUGACCUCUGGAGGAUGCACUUCGGGGGAUUCUGCAUCUGCUGAUCACAAAGACCAUUACAUAACUAUUACUCUGUUGGAGCACCUGUUCGCCUCGUCCCCAGCUACAGAUCUGGACGGAAAGGACACCACAGCGAGCCUUACUGGAGUUAUGGCAAAUCAUACGGUUUUCGAGCAGGUAAGGGCACGUCACUCAGAGCGCGUCGCUAAUGGUGUGACGGAGGAUAGCAACUCAGGCGACUGCCUUGCUGAACGAAUCACGAACUCGGGUAAGAAGCCUCAAUGA